CGGGGACACACUCUGGUCUCAGCUUCCACAGGAGAGGACAGCGUCCCGGCACGAGCGAGCGUCAACGACAGAAAAAAGGCCCCCACAUUUGGACAUUUGACUCAUCGGGACAUGCACAUGGACGGAGACGUGGCCGUGUCUCUGUGGUGUGAGGAGGUGGAGGACGAGCAGAGUCGGGAGCAGGGCCGCACGCAUCAGGGCGAUGUCCUCAGGGCGUCCCCCCCGCUGCUGCGGGCAGCGUGGGACCCCACAGUGUCGGGACAGCGUGUCGUCCAGAGGCUGCUCCACGUGGAGGAGAGGUAUACGCCGUCCGCGCUCUACGUCGCCCUCGUCCAGAGAGAGCCGGCGCGCAGGGAGGAGCUCGCCAAGUGGGCGCUGGAGGUCUGCUGUGAGUGCGGCUGCGACGAGGCCGUCUUCCCGCUGUCCGUGUCUCUGAUGGACAGGUUCCUGUCCGCCUCGCUGUCCCUGCCCGUGUCCCCGUACUGUCUGGUCGCCGGCUGCGUCCUCAUCGCGUCCAAACUGGCAGAGUGCGACAACGUCAGCGCCGACACUCUGUGCGCCGCCGCAGAGUACGACUUCACGCCCUCGACCCUGCGGGAGAUGGAACGCGUCGUCCUCGCCACCCUCAGGUGGGACACAGCGGCGGUGACGCCUCAGGACUUCCUCCCUCACUUCCUGUCCUCUGUGGAGCAGCAAAGAGGAGGAAGAGGAGGAGACAGCGGUGAGGACGAGGACGAGGAGGAGCUUCUGUCCACCCUCAGGAGACACAGUGACACUCUGGCUGCCAUGUGUGUGUGUGACUCUCGCUUCCUGGGAGCUCCGCCCUCUCUCGUCGCCGCCGCAUCACUCAACUGUGCACUGAGGGGCCUCAGCAGCAGCAGGGGCCACAGGGACCCCGCUCAGCUGACUCUUCUGAGGGACCAACUGGCAGAGCUGUGUCACACUGACCCGCUCGUCCUGCAGUCUUACAGUGACAUGAUCGAGUGCGGCCUCAGGCAGCGGCUGAACAGUGGCAUUCAACAGAGACAUGCGGACAAGGAUGAGGACGUGGAGGACGAGCGCGCCGGGACGCCCACAGACAUGAGAGACAUUGAUUUCUGAAUCAAAAGUGUGAAUCAAUCAAAAAGCUUCACGUUCAUCAGUCAAACUGAUAUAAAUUGAAAAAUGACCUCAAAAAUGCUCAGCCGUGGUUUGACAUGUUUUAAAAUUAUUAUUAUUAUUAUUGAGUGUUUCUAUUAAUUUAUUUCAACUUUAUUUAUUCCUCAACUACGUGUUUUCCAUGUGCCAUAUUUUUAUUAUUAUCUAUUUUCUAUUUGUUAUUUUAUUCUAGGA